AUGAGAACAGAUGCUGUCAUUCAAAUACCAGCUUCCAUCUCUUCUGUCCAGCAAGCUGCUGAAGUCCUUGCCAAUUUUCUGACAAGACAUGCUCCGACUGGACACAGUAAUGGUAGAGGAACGAUGCUCUUGACAGGUGCUGGCAUCUCAACGCCGUCAGGCAUCCCUGACUAUCGCGGGGCAGGUGGCACUUAUAUAGUCAACAAGACGUAUCGGCCCAUCUUCUUCAAUGAAUUUCGUGAGCGGCACAAGUUCAGGCAGCGAUAUUGGGCUCGUUCAUUUUUGGGGUACCCUCCCGUUGCUCGAGCGAGGCCGAAUGCCAUUCACAGCGCAUGUGCAGACUUGCUCAAGAAAGACUAUGUGAAUGCAUUCGUUACACAGAAUGUCGAUGGUUUGCAUACGUACAGUCAUCCAGAGUUGACAGGCCGGACCACAGAGAUUCAUGGCAGUCUACACAGAGUAGUCUGUUUGACCUGUCAUACAAUCACACACCGUCAAGAAGUUCAAGAUGAUAUGGCGAGACUCAAUCCUGCAUGGGCGCAGCUAGCUGCCACAUUGCCAGUACGGCGGACUGAUUCAGGAGCACAAGAGCUCAAAACAAAUCCAGACGGCGACGUUGACCUGCCAGCUUCUUCAGGUGUAACCUAUGAAACGUUCAGGUAUCCCGUGUGCAAAACCUCAGGCGUUCUCAAGCCAUCUGUCGUCUUCUUUGGAGAAUCAGUUCCAGUAGCAAAUAGGGAGGCUGCUGAUACAGCACAGGAGAGUGCUAACUCUAUGCUCUGCGUGGGUACCUCCCUGGCGGUGUACUCUAGCUUCAGAUUCAUCAAAGCUUGUCGGCAGCAAGGCAAGCCAGUGGCGAUUCUCAAUCAAGGGCAUGUACGCGAUGAGGAAAAAUGGAUCAGCGAAGCCAAAGGCGACAUACGAAUCAACAUGGAUGCGAUAGAAGUGCUUCCAUUGGCACUAAAUUUAAUAGAGUCUUAG